UGUUCUCGGCGCCCGAGCGUCCAGCCCGAGCUGGCCCGGGAGCUCUGCUGAGCCCGGGGGCGCGCGCCGCCUCCGUGUCCGCGUCCCGGGCGCCCUUCGCGGGGAAGUGCCCCCAGUCCCCCGGCCCGCCGGGCCCCUCGAGCCACGAAGUGACUCCCCAAAGGUCAAGGUUUGAACCUUCAAGUGCAAGCAGCAAUUAGAGGGACAUCUUCCUCCAGAGUUGGACAAUGGCUGGAGAAGUCCCAGGAAUGACUGCCGCCUUCGAUUCUUUGGCCCAGACGACAGAAGAGGAUGAGGAGGAGGAGGAAGAGGCCUCAACAAUGAUACUGGAAGAUGAGGACUCCUCCUGGAAGCCUGGUUUAGCCCUGCAGGGGGACAGCUACGACCCUGAAUCCUUCCAUCAGAUUAAAAGUAAAGUUGAGUAUCAGGAGGCCACUGAGCCCAGGGAAUCUCUUAGCAGACUCAGGGAACUCUGUCAGCGAUGGUUAAGGCCAGAACUACAUACAAAGGAGCAGAUGCUGACUCUGCUGCCUGGGGAGAUUCAGGCUUGGUUGAGGGAGCAUCGGCCAGAGAGCAGCAAGGAGGCGGUGGCUCUGGUGGAGAACUUGACCGAAACUCUUCGGGAGAGUGUAGGUGACUGUGGAAGGUUAACCCAAGAGCCACAAAAAGACAAGGAACCUUGCUUGGGGAGUCUUUCAGAUUGGAGCGUCUCUGUUGGGUACAAUACUCCAUUUCAUCACAAGGAGAGAAAAGCUCUCUCUAUCACACGUGUUCCAGCCUUUUCUGAGGACAGUACUGAAGACCAGGUUAUGGAGGAUGCACUCCUUAUGGCCAGGGUGCAGGGACCAGGGACAUUUAAGGAUGGGGAAGUUUCUCCCUCCCAAGAGGAGCAAAAAGAUCUAGAUGUUGUUCCGAAGGACCUCUGUGGUGGUGUGAUGAAGGAGAAUUAUGGGAAUGACAUGUCACAUGAUUUUGAGAUCCAGAGUGAGAAUGAAGAGAAUUCAAAUCAAGAAAUGUUUGAAGCAGUGGAAGAAAAUAUGAUAUUAUCAGGAAGGCCUGAAGGGGAAGGCAUUCAGCAUUCUAACUGGGGAAGUGACUUUGAGAGAGACUAUGGGAUAGAGAGGCCUCAGGGAAAUUCCCAAGCAGAGGAAUAUGGGGAAACUACUUCACAGGACAGGGAAAUAGGACAAUUCAUAGGCCUUCAGGGAACCUAUUUAGGUGAGAAGCCCUAUGAAUGCCCUCAGUGUGGGAAAACCUUCAGCCGGAAAUCACACCUUAUUACACAUGAGAGGACCCAUACAGGAGAGAAAUACUAUAAAUGUGAUGAAUGUGGAAAAAGCUUUAGUGAUGGUUCAAACUUUAGUAGACACCAAACAACUCAUACUGGGGAGAAACCUUAUAAAUGCAGAGAUUGUGGGAAAAGCUUUAGCCGGAGUGCAAACCUAAUAACACACCAGAGAAUCCACACAGGGGAAAAACCCUUUCAGUGUGCUGAGUGUGGGAAAAGUUUCAGCAGGAGUCCCAACCUCAUUGCUCAUCAGCGAACCCACACAGGAGAAAAACCAUAUUCAUGCCUGGAGUGUGGAAAGAGCUUUGGUAACCGUUCUAGCCUUAAUACACACCAGGGAAUUCACACUGGAGAGAAACCCUAUGAAUGUAAAGAGUGUGGCGAAAGCUUUAGUUACAACUCUAACUUAAUUAGGCACCAGAGAAUCCACACAGGAGAGAAACCAUAUAAAUGUACUGACUGUGGACAAAGAUUCAGUCAGAGCUCAGCCCUUAUUACACACCGAAGAACUCAUACAGGAGAAAAGCCCUAUCAGUGCAACGAAUGUGGAAAAAGCUUUAGCCGGAGCUCAAAUCUGGCAACACACCGAAGAACCCACAUGGUGGAGAAGCCCUAUAAAUGUGGUGAGUGUGGGAAAAGUUUCAGCCAGAGUUCUAGUUUGAUUGCCCAUCAAGGAAUGCACACAGGAGAGAAACCCUAUGAAUGUCUGACAUGUGGGGAAAGCUUUAGUUGGAGUUCCAACCUUAUUAAACACCAGAGAAUCCACACAGGAGAGAAGCCCUAUAAGUGCUCUGAGUGUGGUAAAUGUUUCAGCCAGCGAUCACAACUUGUGGUCCAUCAGAGAACUCACACAGGAGAGAAGCCAUAUAAAUGCCUCAUGUGUGGAAAAAGCUUCAGCCGGGGAUCAAUCCUUGUCAUGCACCAGAGAGCUCAUCUAGGGGACAAACCUUAUAGAUGUCCUGAAUGUGGGAAAGGCUUUAGUUGGAAUUCUGUUCUUAUCAUACAUCAAAGAAUACACACAGGAGAAAGGCCCUACAAAUGCCCAGAGUGUGGGAAGGGCUUUAGUAAUAGUUCCAACUUUAUUACACAUCAGAGAACUCACAUGAAAGAGAAGCUCUAUUGAUGUAGCAAGUAUGGGAAAAGUUUGCUAUCAGGGAACUGAUAGGAGAGGAAAGCUACAAGCACCCUGAAGGCAGUAGUUCUACCAAAAAAAAAAAUCUACCUAAUGUCCCAUUUAAAGGUCCAUUUACUUUAAUGUUCUAUAGAACUUUUUGCCAAAAUCUUACCAUUGCCCAUCCUGAUAUUUGGAAUGCUAUCUUGUAGUCUGAAGAGCUCAAAAGAAACAGGACAGGAAUGGAAGGUCAGGCAAUGUGGAUCAUGUAUCUGGUUCUGCCAGCAAUUCGCUGCUUAAUCCCCUGUCUCCUUCCCUUGUGCCUAAGAUUUCCCUCUGUAAAAUAGGGAGAAUAUUUCCAGGUGUGAGGAGAAAAACAUCUGCAAAAUGGGUCAGAUUGCUCAGAAAAAGGCCAUAGAUCCAUAUGAAUGCUUGUUCUUUUCCCCAGCUUGGCUGUUGCUAUGGUGCCUUCAUUCCAUUCUGUUGUGCUGCCACUAAAUAUUUUCUUCUUGGAUUUAGUAUAUUAGGCUACACCUCUAAGGUCAAGGACAGAGAUAGGGCAAUACAGCUUGUAAUGAAAAGAAGAGGGAUAGACAUCAAGGUCAAGCCCUUUCCAUUUCUGGAAUAUGCCAGAAGCACAGAGAAGGCACAUAGAGUAAGUGCAGCCUAAAACUGGGCUGUACUCCACUGAGAGGGGCUGGACCUCCCUACUCUGGAAAUUUAUGAAGUGAAUGUAAUUUAACAGGUGCCCACUAAGCUAACCAUGUAGUAGCCCUGCCAGAGUAAGGAGGCCACAUUGGGGAGUGGAAUUGGUUGUUGAGAAUAUAUAUCUGAAGGGGUGGAGGCCCGUUUGAGACCUAGUGACUUCUACAAUUGGUGGUUAAUAAUUUUCUUCCUCAUACAGUGGGAGACAGUUGAUACUUCCCUCACUGCUGGAGGAAACUUUUUUUUCACUUACACCACACACAGAUAUGUAGCCCUAUAAUCAUUUUAUAGUAAUUCAUUCUAUGCACUUGUAUUUCCUUAUAGAUUAUUUCUCUUGUAUACUCAGCUCUAGAAUUCUGUCUAGUUUAUUGCAUACUAAAAACUUAUUUCUAAGGAAGUGCUGGUGUUCAUGUCAUCUGGUCUGAGUUUAGACCUCUGUGGCUUGUGCCCACUCUUGUGGGAUGCUGCUAUGGCUUUGUGCCUGUGGGCCCUGAGUCUUGCAGCAAUGAAAACAGUGGAAAGAGAACAGCUGAAGGGGGUUAUAAGUGGGGUAGAGGACAGGCAGAGAAGGCGUUUCUGGGAAACAUGAAGCUGUCUCCCUCUGCACAUGGAACCUGGACUUAAGAUGAGUCCUCAGGUCCCAUGGUCCUUCAUUCUUUUAAUAAAGUAUUCCUGUCCCUCUGCUGACUCAGUCCUUUAACUCAUAUGGUUCAAAAUCACAUGUUUCUAUAUCAGGAAGCCCCAGUCAGUGGAUUAGGAUUAUGAAAACCUACCUAAUAAACUAAAUCAGUUGUCAUUGCUGCCAGUCACAACUCUCCAAACUGUGAUGGUUUGCCAGCAGUCCUGAUAGGGUGAGGAAGACAGCUGGUAUUUAUCUUCUUCCUUAUUCAGGGACUUGGAAUUAUCAAAAUGCAUCACCUGACUCCCAAAUUUAGAGACUUUGCCAUCAUUCUUCAACCUCUUUUCCUGUCCUUUUCCCCCCAAAAAUGAUCUCACUGACAUUUCAGAGAAAUGAAAGAUAGGUCUAGUUCACAGAAAGUUUUGGGAUCCCUGUUGUAUGUAGGAUUUGCCAACAGGCCUAUUGUAGCCCCAACCCAUGGAACUAGCUGGCCAGUGGGAACAAAUGGAUGAGUGUGUUUUAGUCAUAACUGUUCCAGAGCCCUACAUAGUGCCUUGCACGAAGUAAGUGAUCAAUAAAUAUUUGUUGGUUGAUUGUUCUCUUAGCCUUUGAGCAGGAGGGAAAAAAAAAUCUUAAAGGACAGGACACCAGCUUUCCUUAGCUGUCUGAUCAUGUAAUAGAAGUGUUCCUUCUCUUAGAUGAUGCAUAGUCCAUUUGUCGCUGCUUCAUUUUCAGCUACAGUUUAGAAUUAUGACCUGGAAAUUGAUUUGGGUUUUUUAAAAAAUACUUUCUCUUUGGUGUAAGUGUGAUUUAUUUGGCUUUUGUAAAACACAGCUGGCCCUUAAUAUUUGUUCAUCUGAUUGAUUUUAACACUGCAUUCUUUGUAACUGGCCUUAGUGAAUGUAUUCAGAGCUAAAUAUACUAACCAAAUAAAGGCACAUUGAAACAACAUUUUAAAUAGUCACCCUACAAUUCUAUCGUAUCUUUAAUGGCCAGUAUAAACCAUUUACCAGUUUUAAAAUGUAACUGACAGUAUAAGCACAUAGCAUUCAUUUCUCUUCCAAGUCCUCAUUUAAAUAACCAAAGUCCUCAGACAACAGAGUUGGAUUAGAUGAUCUCUAAGCUUUAGCUCUAAAUCCUAUAAGGGUAAUAUAAUCCUAAUAGCUAUAUAGAAAUGCACUCCUAAGAAAGUCUGCCCUCAUUUUUAGUUUUUAGGGUUUGAGGCAAGUUCUAAUGAGAGUUUUAUAUUACGCACUCCUAAGAAAGUCUGCCCUCAUUUUUAGUUUUUAGGGUUUGAGGCAAGUUCUAAUGAGAGUUUUAUAUUACCCCAGAAUGAUUCUGUCAGGUAAAAGAUAUUGCCAAGUAUUGGUGAUGGUGACUUGCUGGCCUGGAUACUUUACAUAUAAUUGGAUAUAGAGAUUUCUCAAUCAAAAUGAACCACUGCAUGUUAAUAAACAAAUUAUAAAACAACUGCAUGUAAAAAUAAAUUAGCUAUAUUACUAAAUCAGUGAGAAAUAGCAUGAAGUACUAACUGAAGUAUGUCUGCUUAAUUUAAUCUGUUGAUUUUAGUUUUCUGAGAGGUUUUCACCGGUUUAUCCAUAGUUCUGUCAAAAUUAUGUUCCACAACUUAUGCUAAGGUGCCCUCAUGUUUUAUCUUCAUUAGCACAUUUUAAAAUGAGAUACAGUUCUUCCCAAAGAUUGUUCUUUGACAAUGACUCUAUUGCUCUCAUAAUGGAGGAACAUCCCAACAGUCCCUCUUAAAGAACUGCAUAUAUGCCCAACUACUUUAAUAACAAAAACAUUAAAUAUAAACAAAUUGA